GUUGAAUGGCCGUUAAAGCUGCAAUCAGCGGUAAAUAUGUUAUGAUGCCACGCUCCGAACAGACGGCGAGCGGAUUGUCCGAGGCUGCGAGCGCGCGCUUUGGCACCGGGCAGACACUUCGGGCGAUGCUGACGCCGCACGGCCGCUGAUUCGCUGCGCGCGGAGUCCGGCCACGAAUCAAAUCAGGGGUCGCUCUCUGGGGUGGUGGGGGUGGGGGGGAUUGCACAGUGAUGGGCAGCUGUCGGACACUGAUCCGGCGCAGGGGGUGACGAUCAACUGACCACGGGCUAUACCAUGGACCAAGGAGGUGUUUUUUGCGGCUGCCUCGGGAGGAGGAGGAGGAGGAGGAGGAGCGGCUGAGUUUUUCUCCCCCCGCCGCGGUCAGCGCAAGUGUGCGAGGAUCGUGAUGAUGCUUUGUGGGCAAACGUGAGGCUCCCACCGCCGUCCAGGCUGCAGUGUUUGGUCAGUACAGGUGAAUUAAGGCUCCGCGGGGCCGCACGGAAGCCGCAAACAUGGGAUUCGCCUUUUUAUCCCCCCCCCACCUCCGCCUUUUUCUGUCCGCGACCCGUUUACAGUGAUGCAGGAAACACGUCCGCAGACAUAACGGAUCCGCGGCGUAAUUGACGGUGUUGCGCUGCGAUCUCUGGGGAGCAUCCGAUUCGUGUAAUGGGUUUCAUCGUCUGCGGCGAGCGCUGCAGUGCGAACUCCCCAUGGAUGGCAGUUAAUUGGGCCCAGUGAUGUGGAGCCAAGUCCACCUGGAUCCAAUGUUCCCUCCUCUCGCGGCGAAACGGGCCCCCCUGUGACUUUUUGCGCAUGUUCAAUUGUUUUAAUUCCCAGAGGUUUUUCGCCGCUUCUGGUCAUCGCUUCGGAUGAUCCUCUCUCGAUUUAAACACACACACACACACACACACACAAAAGAUUUUAGGAGGAAAGUUUGCCUCUGAAAGCGGGAGAGUCAACCGACGAGAGUUUAUAUUGACUCGGCUGUUUAGAUUCAAAGCGCUCAGACUGUUUCAGCAGUCACCAAACUAUGGGAAAUUCAGCCUAUAACAGACAUUUGAUGCGCCUCAUCUUUGGGACUAAAUAGUUCCCUGACAUUAUUUUCCGUGGAACAAAAACCUUUCCCGCAGCGUUUAUUUGUUCAAGCGCACUCUGUUGUUGCCUCCCGUUCACCACCAUGUCCAGAUCAAACAGUGUCAGCCCACCCGGAGUCGGUGCGCCUGGGUUGAGGGGAGGGACCGAGCACAGAUCUGCUUGGGGAGAGUCUGAGUCCGUGGCCAACGGUUGCCCAUACGCGACCAGAUCCCCGCGCAAGAAGCUCUCCCGGACUAACAGUCGGUGGAGGGAAGAGGAUGAGCCGGGCCACCGGCAGUCCGGGAAAGCCUCCACGACCGUCAGCAGGGUCAGCUUCAGAUCCAGGUCGGCUUGGCAGGACCAUGGCGAGGAGAACCGAGACCGCGCGUCCCCUAAGCGUCCGGGCGACGAGGUGAGACCCAAGUCUGUCGAGCUGGGUCUGGAGGAGCGGAGAGCCAAGCCGAGGACCAACGAGGAGGAGGUCAUGCCAGAUGUAAACUUUUCUUUAGUGGCGUGCUGCACCAGCGUCAUGCACGUUUUCAAAUCCAAGAAAUUCCAGUCGGAGAAGUUGGAGCGGCUCUACCAGCGCUACUUUUUCCGUCUCAACCAGAGCAGCUUGACCAUGCUCAUGGCAGUGCUGGUGCUGGUCUUCACGGUCAUGCUGGGCUUCCACUGCUCCGGCGGGACGGCGAGGCCGAGCGUAACUUACGUGGUGGUGUUUUCCGUUGCCAUCUUCCUCACGCUCAUCCUCAUGGUGGUCUGCAACAGGAACGGGUUUCACCAGGACCACAUGUGGAUUGUGUGCUACGUGGUCAUCCUGGUGGUGCUGGUGAUCCAGGUGAUCGGGGUGCUGCUCGUGCAGCCCAGAAGUGCCUCCGAGGGGAUCUGGUGGACCGUGUUCUUCAUCCAUGUCAUCUACACUCUGCUGCCCGUCAGGAUGCGCGCUGCGGUCAUCACUGGAGUAAUUCUUUCCGCCAUCCACGUGGCUGUCUCUUGGACGCUAAACGGCAUGGACAGCUUUCUCUGGAAACAGAUAGUGUCCAAUGUGCUAAUCUUCUCCUGUACCAACAUCGUGGGAGUGUGCACGCAUUACCCCGCUGAGGGCUCCCAGAGGCAGGCCUUCCAGGAGACCAGGGAAUGCAUCCAGGCUCGCCUCCACUCCCAGAGGGAAAACCAGCAGCAGGAACGUCUUCUGCUCUCAGUGCUUCCCCGCCACGUUGCCAUGGAGAUGAAAGCUGAUAUAAACGCCAAGCAGGAGGACAUGAUGUUUCACAAGAUCUACAUCCAGAAGCACGACAACGUCAGCAUCUUAUUCGCAGACAUCGAGGGUUUCACCAGUCUGGCGUCCCAGUGCACAGCGCAGGAGUUGGUGAUGACUCUCAAUGAACUUUUCGCCCGUUUUGACAAGCUGGCAGCGGAGAACCACUGUCUGCGGAUCAAGAUCCUGGGAGACUGCUACUACUGUGUGUCUGGUCUGCCGGAGGCCAGGGCCGACCACGCCCACUGCUGUGUGGAGAUGGGGUUGGACAUGAUAGAGGCCAUCUCGCUGGUACGGGAGGUGACCGGUGUGAAUGUGAACAUGCGAGUCGGUAUCCACAGUGGCAGGGUGCACUGUGGAGUGCUGGGACUCAGGAAGUGGCAGUUUGAUGUCUGGUCCAAUGACGUCACAUUGGCCAAUCAGAUGGAAGCAGGGGGCAAAGCUGGGCGUAUUCAUAUCACUAAGGCCACUCUGAAUUAUCUGAACGGGGACUACGAUGUGGAGCCGGGAGCAGGGGGAGAAAGGAACGCCUACCUGAAGAAGAACAACAUAGAAACCUACCUCAUAGUGGGCUGCAGUCAGAAAAGGAAGGAGGAAAAGGCGAUGAUAGCCAAAAUGAACCGACAGAGGACCAACUCUGUCACCCACAACAGCGGCCACUGGACCGACCGGCCGUUCUACAACCAUCUGGGCGGGAACCAGGUCUCCAAGGAGAUGAAGAGGAUGGGUUUCGAAGACCCCAAGGACAAGCAUUUCAUUUUCAGGAACACACAGGAAAACCUAAACCCAGAGGACGAGGUGGACGAGUUCCUGGGCCGGGCCAUCGACGCGCGCAGCAUCGACCGUCUGCGCUCCGAACACGUCAAGAAGUUCCUGCUCACCUUCAGAGAGCCUGACCUGGAGAAAAAGUACUCCAAACAGGUGGACUCAAGGUUCGGGGCCUACGUGGCCUGCGCCUCCCUCGUUUUUCUCUUCAUCUGCUUCAUCCAGAUCAUCACUGUGCCACCCUCCAGUCUGAUGAUCGGCUUCUUUAUCACCUGUCUCAUUAUCCUGACGGCUGUCAUGUUCGUCUCAGCUGUCUACUGCUGUUUUGGGCUGUUCCCAGUCCCUCUGCAGACGCUUUCAAAGAGGAUAGUCCAGUCCAGACUGAACAGCACCCUGGUGGGGGUCUUCACCACCAUCAUUGUCUUUCUCUCUGCUUUCAUCAAUAUUUUCACCUGCAGCAGCCGCGACCUGCGGAGCUGCAUCAGAGCAGAGCUCAACAUCAGCCUGGACGUCGUUAAUGCCUGCCAUGCCCGCCUCCUCAACUACAGCCUGGACACACAACACAGCCCCUGUGGAGACAACACCCUCAUCUGCAGCUUUCCUGAGUACUUCUCGUCCUGCGUGUUGCUGAGCCUGCUGGCCUGCUCAGUCUUCUUGCAGGUCAGCAGCAUUGGUAAACUCUUCCUCAUGCUCUUCAUUGAGCUGCUCUACCUUCUUAUCAUGGAGGUGCCCAAAGUGAGCCUCUUCGACAACCAGGACCUGCUGGUCAUGGCCAAUGCCAUCAACGCUGUUGAGCACAUGAAUGGAACAAGCUGUGUGGUGGACUCCAAGGUUCCUCUGAAGAUCAUGACCCCGGUGGUCAUCACCGUCUUCGUUCUUGCCCUCUACCUUCACGCCCAGCAGGUGGAGUCCACGGCCAGACUGGACUUCCUCUGGAAGCUGCAGGCCACAGAGGAGAAGGAGGAGAUGGAGGAGCUCCAGGCCUACAACCGCCGUCUGCUCCACAACAUCCUACCCAAAGAUGUGGCCGCCCACUUCCUGCAGCGUGAGCGGCGUAAUGAUGAGCUCUACUACCAGUCGUGUGAGUGCGUCGCAGUCAUGUUUGCCUCCAUCAGCAACUUCUCAGAGUUCUACGUGGAGCUGGAGGCCAACAGCGAGGGAGUGGAGUGUCUGCGGCUGCUGAAUGAGAUCAUCGCUGACUUUGAUGAGAUCAUUAGUGAGGAUCAGUUCCGUCAACUGGAGAAGAUCAAGACCAUCGGCUCCACCUACAUGGCGGCCUCAGGCCUAAACGACUCCACAUACGACAAGGCCGGGCGUUCACACAUCCGCGCGCUGGCGGACUACGCCAUGAGGAUGAUGGACCAGAUGAAAUACAUCAAUGAACACUCCUUUAACAACUUCAAAAUGAAAAUAGGUCUUAACAUGGGCCCUGUGGUUGCUGGAGUGAUUGGGGCCAGGAAGCCCCAGUAUGACAUCUGGGGUAACACAGUGAAUGUGGCAAGUCGCAUGGACAGUACAGGUGUACCAGAGAGGAUCCAGGUGACAGCAGACCUGUACCAGGUACUGAGCUCCUAUAACUACACACUGGAGUACAGAGGCGUGGUCACAGUCAAGGGCAAAGGAGAGAUGAUGACCUACUUCCUCACCAGUGGGCCCCCCAGCAGUUAACCUACACUAAAUGACAAACACAUGGGGGGUUAAGCGCCUUAACUCCGCCUCUGUCAUAACAAGCAGCCUCAUGGACCUCUGAUAGCUUACAGUGGACUGAGACCAACCGAGGGGUCUCCUCUCACAGCGCAGAACACACCUUGAACCUACUGAGGACACGACGAGGAAGGAUGAGAAAAAUUCAUCCCGAAGCUCAGCUUGCGGAGGAGGCGGCGUGGAAGAGGCCUAGCUAGCCUGACUCUGACGUUGAGACCAAAGAUGUCCAAUCAGAGCGGAAAGAGAGAUUUCGCCAGCUUUGUGAGGUCCUCAAGGAAAAAUGUUCUCCGAGAAAUUUAAUUUGCUUCGAUGUGCCAGAUUUUCUGAGGGGUUUGGACAAACCUCCGGGAAGACAAGAACUACGUAACUUCCUCUUUUUCUCUGCCUUUCUCCUGCUGAAGUGUAUAUGUACAUGUAAAACACAGACCGUUUUAUGUGUAUGUAUAUGAUUUUAUGUACUGUAUGUAAAACACAUUUUGUCCAUGUUGUUGUGAUACAGGAGCAAAAUUCUCAAGUGUGGACACUUAGCCAGCACCACAGCACUACCUUUUCCUUGUAUCAAUAUCUGAUCAUGUCAGCAAUUAACAGAUUAAUGGAGGAGUUGCACUACGUUGUGUCUUAUCGGUGAAGUCGGGAGAUCCCUCAGACACUUUGCACUGGUUUUUUUUGUAGGAACAGAUAGAAGACACUCACCAGUGUUUGCAGAAAGCUUCCCGUCAGACGUAUAAAAUCACACUACAGUAUCAACAGCAUAUACACACACCUUAAACACUAAGAGGAUGUCACAAUGAAGAGCUUUUUCUAAUCUUCAACAUUUUGUAUUUUGACUUCAGAACACCAAACCCUAUCAGAUAUUUUAAGAUUCUAUAUUUUGUACAUUAAUAUAUUAGAGAGCUAUCUAUAAACACCGAUGUGUAUUCAGAUGUACGUACUCUAUCACUCUCAUGUUGGGAUUUCAGAUAUUCUCACUAGUGUUGCCUGGUUUUAAAGUGGAGCCACAGCUGAUGUACCGUUAACUUCAGUAGAUCGACGCACCUGAAUGCCCGUUUCUCUCUCGCUCUUUUCACCGAAUUGAGCAUUUUCAAUCUGCAGGAUGCAACCGUCCCCAACGAUAUCCCCUUCACUAGUGUGUUUUAUUCUCACGGUGAGAAGGAAGCGUCAAACCAAACGAGUGCGCGCCUUGAAUGACAGACUGGAGGACGGGAAUGCAUCAGUGUCGGUACUCGAAAGCCAUUUUGCACUCCAGUGCAUUUAACCGUCCACCCUCUCCUGCACCCUUUCACACCCCCCCCUCGCUUGCCGAAUCAGAUGGUAUGACCCAAUGAAUGUCCAAUGAUAUCCGAUGAGGCCUUGAAUAUGAACUCUAUACUAAUGACGAUGAUGAUGCUCAUCCUGUAGACAGGGAAAGACGAGCCAAUCUGGAAAUGUGCCCUUUUGUUCUUUUCCCCUAAUCAGAGCAGUUUUUCUUCAGUAUUACAUGUCAUCAGACUAACCGUCUUCAACCUGGCCAUUUCAUAGAUUUGAGUGACUUUUAGCGAUGUUAUUACCAAACACUACAGCUGGUUCUGUUUGUUUUGGCUGAAACACAGAGUACAGCAAUCAGUACAUGUCCGGACAGAGUGUCAAGUUUUUAUAUAGAGGAACAUGAGCAAAUUUGAGAUGGAAGCUUAAAGGAUAAGGCUAGCAUUAUUACAUAUUUUUUCUUAUUGUCAACGAGUCUCAUGAAAACACCCAAAUCCAGAAAGUGUCACUUUCUGACUUCUUUACUCUGUCUACACACACUGCACCCUCAGCCCCUGCCUAUUUGUUCCUUGUGAAGACGUAAAUCUUUCCAACACUGUAGUUAUGAGGAAACAUUACCCAAACAGGAGUAAAUAGAUCAUUAAUUGGGACUAUUUGUGUAUUUAAUGCACACUUGGUGUCCAAGCUAGAGAGUAUUUACUACACCAGGACAUUGUAUGUGGGAUUGACUUAAAAUAAAAUACAGAAUAUGGAUUCUUGAGUGUGCCACCAGAAUAACUGUCGGCUUUUAAAUAGUCUAUUGAUAAAUUGAUCAAUUUUAAGAAGGUGUUAGAAAUUAAGUAAUAAAAUUGGCAUUGAAAUGAUGCUUAAAAAACUCAAUAAAAACGAUAAAAAAUAUAAAUAUGACGAAUAAAGAUAAAUAUGAAAAAGGUCAUUAAAAGCCACAGAGCAGUAGUUGCACUUUAAUUGGCCAUUUGGCCAAUCAGAACUCCUGCUGCUGCUCAUCAGGUUGGACUUCAAUUAGAUUUUAGGUGCCACAGGAGUGUAUUGUGAGAUGGAAUACGCUAGGCAGACACAUCAAUAAAUUGAAUUACGAAAAGUAAAGUUUUAGAGCAUUUUAACAAUAAUCCACAACUCCAUUCCAAUUGAUGAUUUAAAGUCAGAAUUAUGAAAUAUCAUCAGUUAAAUAGAUUAUAAAUGAGCACAUUUA